AUGGCUUCUGCAUUUGCAACUAUUGCUCUUCUUCUCUCCCUUAACCUUGUGUUUUUCACUACAGUGAGUUCAGAUCAUCAUGUUCCUCGUCCACCAACACCACCAAAAACCCCAAAAAGCCCAAGCCCAAGCCCUCCUAAAGCCUCUUGCCCUAAGGACACCCUUAAGCUUGGGGUAUGUGGCGAUUUGUUGAAUAACUUGUUGCAGCCUGUUUUGGGGACCCUACCAAAGACCCCUUGCUGUAGCCUCAUUGUGGGGCUUGCUGAUGUUGAUGCUGCUGUGUGCCUUUGCACUGCCAUUAAAGCCAACGUUUUGGGCAUCAAUCUUAAUGUGCUAGUCUCCUUAAACUUGCUUUUGAAUUACUGUGGUAAGUCUGUACCAAAAGACUUCCAAUGCACCUAG